CAAAUUUAAUUGACAAGAUAACGUUGUGCCUAAGAAGUUAAAGAAAUGGAUGAAUUUUUAAACGACGUAGUUCCUCAAGAAGAUUUAGAGGUAACGAAGGUUUGAAAAAAAUAUCACCACGAACUAGAAUUGGAUGGAGAAGUUACCACAGAGACAAAGUUUGAGUACGCAUUCUGUCUGGUUCGUAGUCGCUAUACAAACGACAUUAGAAAGGGAAUCAUGAUACUGGAAGAAUUGGCCCGAACGCAUCCAGAUGGAAAGCGGGAUUAUAUUUAUUACCUUGCAUUUGGAAAUGCUCGUAUUAAAGAGUACACAUCCGGUUUAAAAUAUUGCAAGGCGUUUUUGGAUAUAGAAUCCAAUGAUCAAGUGCGCGCUCUUGAGGAAUACAUUAAAAAACAAAGUGAUAAGGAAGUGGCGAAAGGCAUGGCCGUCGCCGGCGGAGCAGCGCUUGUACUUGGCGGAAUAUUGGGACUAGGCAUUGCUAUGGCUAGAAAUAAACAAAAAAGGGAAAAAUAGUAUGUUAAUACUUUUACGGAAACCUAUUCCCUCCCGUAAGGAGCACAUGUAGCGGUUCUCGUGCUUAAAAUAUUGUUCUUAAAUAUCCGUUUUAUUUCUAUUAUUAAGGUUAAACGUGUUAAAUAAAUAAAUAUUCAAAACGUUACAAACAGA